UCCUUUUCCACUCCGCCCAGUCUGAAAAAGAGAGAGAGAGAGAGAAUCAGCGCGUGAAUGGAGCAUGGUGUGCUUUCGAUUCCUUGUGAAGUGUUGGAUGUGGUUUGAUGUUAUGGAGAUUCGGAAGAAGAACAUUUGCAUUGAAUGACAGUGCAGACAGGCAAUGGCGCAGAGAUGGCUGUGGAUGUUAGUACCGUGGAGAGGAUUCUGGAACCCGCGCUCCAAAGCGCCUGGACAAGAGGAAGAACGCCAUGUUAAAGCCAACGACCGUGACUACAACGAAAGGUUCACUUAUGCUGACAAUCACAUCAAGACAGCAAAGUAUACGUUCUACACCUUUCUACCCAUAAACCUGUUUGAGCAGUUUCAGCGGUUUGCCAAUGCUUACUUCUUAGUACUGCUGAUUCUACAGUUAAUUCCAGAGAUCUCCUCUCUGUCCUGGUUCACUACCAUUGUGCCUUUGGUAUUGGUACUGACUAUCACCGCUGUAAAAGAUGCUACUGAUGACUAUUUCCGCCAUAAAAGUGAUCAACAAGUCAACACUCGCCAGUCUCAGGUACUCAUCAAGGGAAAGAUUCAAAAAGAAAAAUGGAUGAAUGUUAGAGUUGGUGACAUUAUAAAACUUGAGAACAACCAGUUUGUUGCUGCUGACGUGCUCCUGCUUUCCAGCAGUGAGCCUUAUGGGCUGUGCUAUAUCGAGACAGCAGAGUUAGAUGGAGAGACAAACUUGAAGGUGCGCCAGGCUUUGACUGUAACCUCAGACCUUGGAGCAGACGUUGCUAAGCUUGCGGAUUUCAAUGGAGAAGUUGUAUGUGAGCCUCCCAAUAAUAAGCUGGACAAAUUCAUUGGGACUCUGUACUGGAAGGACAAUAAGUAUUCUCUGGACAACGAGAAAAUGCUGCUGAGAGGCUGUAUGCUCAGAAACACUGAGUGGUGCUUUGGCAUGGUCAUCUUUGCUGGGCUCCAAACCAAGCUGAUGCAGAACUGUGGGAGGACAAAAUUCAAAAGGACCAGCAUUGACAGGCUGAUGAACACUUUGGUACUGUGGAUUUUUGGAUUUCUCAUCUGCAUGGGGAUCAUCCUGGCUAUUGGGAACACUAUCUGGGAACAGAGAGUGGGCAGAAACUUCUGGGCGUACUUGCUAUGGGACGAACUCCUAAGCAGUGCUGUGUUUUCUGGAUUCCUCACUUUCUGGUCUUACAUCAUCAUUCUCAACACUGUUGUUCCCAUCUCUCUUUAUGUGAGUGUUGAGGUCCUACGUCUAGGCCACAGCUACUUCAUAAACUGGGAUCGGAAAAUGUACUACAGUCGUAAGGACACUCCAGCUGAAGCUCGAACCACCACCCUGAAUGAGGAGCUGGGCCAAGUUGAGUUCAUUUUCUCAGACAAAACAGGCACACUCACCCAGAACAUUAUGGUCUUCAGUAAAUGCUCCAUCAAUGGAAAUACUUAUGGUGAUGUUUACGAUGAGUUUGGACACAAAGUGGAUAUUACAGAGAAAACACCAUGUGUGGAUUUCUCCUUCAACCCACUGAUGGACAGGAAGUUUCGUUUCCAUGACAGCAGCCUCGUGGAGGCUAUUAAGUUGGAGGAGCCUUUGGUGCAGGAAUUUUUCAGACUGCUUGCUCUGUGUCACACAGUCAUGCCUGAAGAGAGGAGCGAAGGGGAGCUGGUAUAUCAGGCUCAAUCUCCAGAUGAAGGAGCUUUAGUCACGGCAGCUCGCAACUUUGGAUUCGUAUUUCGAGCCAGAACACCAGAGACCAUUACUCUGUAUGAGAUGGGCCAGCCUGUCACCUACCAGCUCCUGGCCAUACUGGAUUUUAACAAUGUCCGCAAGAGAAUGAGUGUUAUUGUGAGAAAUCCAAAGGGGCAGCUGAAACUUUACUCUAAAGGAGCAGACACAAUAAUCUUUGACAGGCUAGAGCCCGCCAAUGAAGAGCUUAUGUACACUACCUCAGAACAUCUAAACGAGUUUGCUGGUGAGGGUCUGAGGACGUUGGCACUGGCCUAUAAAGAUCUGGAUGAGGACAUGUUUGAUGAGUGGAUGAAGAAACUGCUGUUUGCCAGUGCAGCACUGGAGAACAGAGAGGAAAGACUGGGAGCUCUGUAUGAGGAGGUGGAGCAGGGCCUGAUGCUUCUUGGAGCCACAGCCAUAGAGGACAAACUACAAGAAGGAGUACCAGAAACUAUUAGCUGUUUGACCCUGGCCAAUAUCAAAAUUUGGGUCCUCACUGGAGACAAACUAGAGACAGCAAUGAACAUUGGUUACUCCUGCAACAUGCUGAGAGAUGAUAUGAACGAGGUGUUCAUUAUCUCAAGUCACACCAUGCUGGAAGUUCAGCAAGAGCUCAAAAAUGCCAAAGAGAGGAUCAUGGGUCCCAGCAGAGAGAGAUUUAGCAGUAGCCAGGAUGUUGGAAAAACGGAUAUGUAUGCCAGUGACUCUGUGUUUGAGGAAACCAUCAUUGCAGAAUGUGCUUUGAUCAUCAAUGGACAUAGUUUGGCCCAUGCGCUGGAGGCUGACCUUGAGCAGAUUCUGUUGGAUGUGGCAUGCCUGUGUAAGACUGUAAUCUGCUGUAGGGUCACUCCUCUGCAGAAGGCUCAGGUGGUAGAGCUGGUCAAGAGACACAAAAGAGCUGUGACCCUGGCCAUUGGGGAUGGAGCCAAUGACGUCAGUAUGAUCAAGACAGCUCACAUUGGUGUGGGCAUCAGUGGGCAAGAGGGCAUGCAAGCUGUGUUGGCCUCAGACUACUCCUUUGCACAGUUCCGCUACCUCCAGCGCCUCUUAUUGGUCCAUGGCCGUUGGUCCUAUCACCGCAUGUGCAACUUCCUCUGCUACUUCUUCUACAAGAACUUUGCCUUUACGCUGGUGCACUUCUGGUUUGGCUUUCUGUGUGGUUUCUCUGCUCAGACCGUGUAUGACCAGUGGUUCAUCACUCUAUUCAACAUAGUCUACACCUCACUGCCUGUUCUUGCUAUGGGUGUGUUUGACCAGGACGUGAAUGAGCAGUACAGUCUGCGCUACCCAAACCUGUACAGACCUGGGCAGCUUAACCUUUUAUUUAACAAACGUAAGUUCUUCACCUGUACACUGCAGGGAGUCUGCACCUCAUUUAUCCUCUUCUUUAUCCCAUAUGGGGCCUUCCUCUGUGCUGUGAGAGAUGACGGAUCCCACAUCUCCGAUCAGCAGUCCUUCGCUGUUACUAUAGCAACCUCACUGGUCAUCGUAGUUAGUGUCCAGAUCGGGCUUGACACAAACUACUGGACUGCAGUGAACCACUUUUUUAUAUGGGGUAGCCUGGCUGUAUACUUUGCUAUACUGUUUGCAAUGAACAGUGAUGGCAUCUUCAGAAUAUUUCCAAGCCAGUUCCCUUUUGUUGGCACAGCGCGGAACGCUCUGAAUCAGAAGAGUGUGUGGCUUGUCAUUCUGCUCACCACAGUGGUGUGUAUAAUGCCGGUGGUGGCCAUGCGCUUCCUCAAGACAGACCUCCAUCCUACACAGACUGACAAAGUGCGUUUGCUCCAGCAAGCCACCAGGAGGCAAGGCCCCCAGGAGCAGAACCUCAGGCGCGUGCGCAGGACCAGCUCUCGCCGCUCUGCCUACGCCUUUGCCCACCAGCAGGGAUACGGAGAGCUCAUCACCUCUGGCAAAAACAUGAAGGUCCACACCUCAUCCACUUCAGCCGUCCCUAGCUCAUCCCCAGGGAGAACCCACAGCAGUGGGAACUGGAUAGAGAACAUGCUGAAAAAGAGAGGGGCAGUGGAAGCUGAAGAAACCAUGGAUUCUGGGGUUACAGAGCACAUUAGAGCAGAUGAGAGGAGUGAGGACAGCCUAGAGACGCUGUACACGCACUGAUUGACUGACAUAAAGUGCAGCAUAUUAUAGGGCAAGCAGCAAGAUUCCAGCUGAAAAGGGAUUUCUCCUUAGUCAUCUCCUGAAAUAUGCUAGUUUAGCACCAGUUACUCUAUGUGUCUGUAAUGCCAAUGUUUGGCAAAUAUAUGGUAUUAGAGGACCACAGAACUGAUAAACAAGACACAGAUGCACUCUGUGCAUGCUUGCCUCAUACCUCACAGCUGUAUGGCUAUCUGGAGAGCAGUUCAAAGUGACCAGACAGCAGAAGAGAGCACAUGGAGUGGCACUAAGGAGACCAGCACUGCACAGGAGAGACUCCAAAGAGCCAGCAUAAUGAAGCACAGAUAAGACUCCUUACCUUCCUGUUCUAAUUUCCUCUUUCAUGCAAAUACACUCUAUUCUCCUGGUGCACUUUUCAUUUAAUUGUGGUUAAAUAGUCAGUUAGUUUGGAUUUAAUUUUAUCUUGCCAGUGGACUGAGACAGACGUGAAAAUGCGGAAACGUUGCUCCACAAAGCCUCAUUUUUAGAGAUUUUCAAAAAACUCUUCAUAUGCUUCCAAAAUACUGCAGAGCCAGCCAGUAGGCUAUAUAUAACUUAAUUGUGUGCACAAUUCCAGGGCAACCGUUGGUGAGCAACUACUGGUGAAAUCGAGUAAACUGCAAUACUCUCAGGAGUCAUACUACUUGUAGUUCAUUUCAGCAUUAUAAUUUAGGUCACUGUAUGUUUUAACUGAUUCUUAUCAUCUCACAAAUGGAGCAGGAAGAAACCACUGAAAAGCAUUGCUUUUUAUGUAUCACAGGUUUGAAGGAGUUGAUACAACAAUACCUCUUCUUAAACUAUUGUAAACCUUAAUCAACAAUUUACUAUAAUACUUGAUUUGGAUUAUUUUCUCAAUGUAUUAAAUUAUUUCAGACAUACACUAAAGGUUUGUACUUUUAGCCAACUUUAAAGAGCUUAAGACUGCAUCAAUGUUAGUAAACAGAAUUUAGCCAACUGCACUAUCAUAUCACGAUCAAUGAUUUGUAGUAAGAAUGUUAUAUAAAUUGUAGUAUAGGCCCAUCUACAGCACUUGUAAAGUAGCUUGAGCAUCGUGACAAAAUAGCAUCAGUUGACGGCAUCCGCCAAUCAUCAUGGCUUCACCCUACUACCAUUUCUACACACUAAAUAUGUCUUCAUUUACAAAAGCAGAUUGUAAUUAUACCUCUAGUGUUCAUAUAUCAUAUAGCAUCUGGUUUGCAUGCAGACCCCUGAAUGGAGAAAACACUGAGAGUGCAGACAUGCAGUUAAAGAUAAAGGUAACAGUCCAGAGGCUACACAGCUGUGCCUUUCAUCCACCCUCUACUGAUAGGUCAAGCAUUUACUGUAUAUAAACAGAUCAUAACUAUGGCUGUGUGCAGAAGGGUCUAUAAAGUUGGGCAUUUCCUUCACUGUCCUUUCAUAAAAAGGAAAUUUUGUGCCUUUUUUUCUUUCAGUAAAGGGAGUAUAUGUUUGAGUUUAGUACAGUAUUUCAUCGUUUGUCAUUUUCUCUGUGUUACCAACACCACAAACCUCUAUGGUGUAAACAACAAUUUUCCAGUCGAACAUUUUAACUGUUUGUUUAUAUUACGUUACACAGAGAUAUGAGGUUUUACAUUUUCUAUUUAAAAAUAGAUGUUAAAGGGUGUUGUGCAACAUGAUUUGUUUUUAUGAAUGUAUAGUUUAUGCCUCAUCUUGAGAAUGUAUGAGAAACUUAAUUGCUGUGCUAUUUUGUCAAGGAAGACCAUGCAAAUUGUUUGUUUUUAUUUAUAUGCAUGGAUUUUAUACAGUUCAUUGUACUUUUUAUAAUACGAUGCAUAAAAUGCCCAUUAUGAGUUUA